AUGGGCAAUUACGUCUGUGACGUCAGUUAUUGCAUAAUUUCCUUAGUAUUUGAGCUCUCUCACCGACUUGUCGCUUAAUUCUCUCGAGCACAGAGUUGUCUCGAUCAAUUUACCGGAUUCGACUCGAAUAUGGCCACACAAAAGAAGAAACUUCACUUCGUGGAGAACUUCGCUCUGAGUGGUGCUGCAGCAGUUAUCUCUAAGACUGCAGCCGCCCCGAUUGAGCGAGUGAAACUUCUUGUUCAAAACCAGGAUGAGAUGAUCAAGGCUGGCCGACUGGAUACACCUUACAAAGGUGUCAUUGACUGCACUGUCAGGACCUACAAAGCAGAAGGAGCUGUAUCUUUUUGGAGGGGUAACCUGGCCAAUUGCAUCAGGUAUUUCCCGACCCAGGCCCUGAACUUUGCAUUUAAAGAUCAGAUUAAAGCCCUUUUCAAGCCAAAGAAAACUGACUCUUAUGCAGCAAAGUUCAGCAAGAACAUUGCCUCUGGUGGAGCUGCUGGAGCCCUGUCAUUGCUCUUUGUGUACUCCCUUGACUACGCCCGAACCCGUCUGGCAAAUGAUGCUAAGUCGAAAGGUGCUGAGCGCCAAUUCAAUGGUCUCAUUGAUGUUUACACAAAAACCUUAAAGAGUGAUGGCAUUGUUGGACUCUACAGAGGUUUUGUGAUUUCUUGUGUUGGUAUUAUUGUGUACCGAGGGUUCUACUUUGGGUUGUAUGACACCCUGAAGCCACUGCUGCUGGGAGAUGAUGCCUCUUUGGUGCUCUCAUUCCUUCUGGGUUAUGGUGUGACUGUGAGCUCAGGUCUGGCUUCUUACCCAAUUGACACCAUACGGCGACGCAUGAUGAUGACAUCUGGGCAGGCAGUGAAAUACAAGGGUUCCAUCGAUUGUACUGUCCAGAUCUUGAAGAAUGAAGGCUUCAUGUCCCUUAUGAAGGGUGCUGGAGCUAAUGUCCUGCGUGGUAUGGCUGGAGCUGGCGUGCUGGCUGGCUUUGACAAGCUUAAGGAGGUGUAUGUGAGCUGGCGUUUCGAUGACUAAGAUCCUGAUUCGGACACAGUAUCAUCUGUCACAAGAUUGAAAUCUCCUGCUUUGUAAACGAUUCUUGAUUAUCUCCUGGACAGUAUCCAAACUACCACUGUGUAAAAAUAAUACCAGAGUGAUAUUUUUGCAAGUAGAGAGUUCGUCUCAUUUAUUUGCAAAUGUAUAUUUUCUAAAAAUAAAAUCAAGUUAAAACUUGC